AUGGAGCAAGGAUUUUAUGGACUUCAGCAACGUACGAACAUCGUCCAUUACAUUGUCUACAUCUCCGUCAUCCUGCCAAUGAUGUUUACAACAGCCUGCACCGUACAGGCGAAACUGCUGACAACCUGCUGCAGUGUCCGAUACUGUGAAACAAUGCUUUAUGUCCUGACGAUGAAGGUUAACAAUUUGCACCGCCUCCCGAAGGAAGCAGCCCGGGAGGAAGUGCGUGACAUUAUCUAUGUGCACCAACGAACGCUAGACUGUAUUGCGCUGCUAGUAACGGCUUUACGGCCGGCGGAAAUGGAUGUAAAAUUCGUCAACAUUGCCAUUCUGUUCUUCGUCCUUACAAUCGAAACGUUCGGGCAAUGUUACGUGGGAACGCGAGUUUCCAACCAAGCCGACGAGCUCACUAAAGCCGUGUAUGCGUGCGGUUGGCAAGAUGCAGAUCAUGAGAUCCAGCAAAAUCUACUGAUGAUUCUGCACCGUACGCAAUUGCCGAUCAGCAUACAAGCGGGCAAGUUUUGUUUCGUCAAUAUGGAAUGCUUUCAGAAGAUGGUGAACACAUCCUACUCAUUCUACAUUGUGCUGAAAGAUGCGUUCUAG